CCCAGGAGACCGACCUGCGCGCGCUCGCGCCCACCGGUUCCCUCCCGCCACCUCCUUCCGGCAGAACCCCCGCUCCGGAACUGCCAUCGCCGCCGCGGCCUCCGGGACAUGGUCCUCUGCGUUCAGGGGUAAAUGCCAUUCUUUGCCCCCACCCAGCCCCUGCGCCGGACGUCCCGGAGAGCACGGGCCUCGUGCUCACUGCUGGGCGUUGGGAGGGCUUAUUGGGUCCCAACUGGCCAAGUGGAAAGGACCCUGGACGUGCGGGAUUGUGUGAGACUGUGACAGCACCCCUCCCCCUUGACCUCUACUCACUCUAUGAGUGGGGAAACUGAGGGCUGGCCUGCGACGGGAGGAACACGGGGUGGACUCAGCCACCAAGACGUGGUUCACCAGCCCAGAUUCCCAGUGCCUCUACCCUAGCCUGCCGGCCACCUUGCCUACCGGUGGCCUUGGGCCGGCCCCUGCCCCUCUCUGUCCCAGUGUCGCUAUCUUAGGUAGCAAUUAGAGCUUUCUUGGGAAGUCAACCUGAGAUCCUUGCCUCUCCCCUAGCCUGGCACCUGCUGACCAGCGCCUCGGGGUUAACUUGGUCCUGCCUGGGGUACUCCCACUUUUGCCUCAUUCCCUCAUUCAGCCCAGCCUGGGAUCCCAGUGGGAGAAGGACUUUGGCUCCUGCCCCCUUCUCUAAGUUUGGGGGGGGGGCGGGGGAGGGAGGGAGAAUGCUGAUAAGACAGAGUCAUGGCCUCGGCCCUGAGCCUCAGCAUCCCCUUAACCAAGAGGGCUCAUGCUCUCCAGACUGAUCUCACAGAAGCUCUGGAGAUUCCAGGGAGAGAGGGAGGAGGUGUGAGUGGGUGCUACAUUCCCAGGUAGACUCCAUAGCUGCUGUUAUCAGAACUGGUGUGAUGCCAGGUGAGUGGGAGGUGGGGCAAGGCUGAUGUGUCCCUUGCUCUGAGUAGUCCUCGCUUCAAAACACAAAACCAAACCCGUUGCCAUCGAGUCAAUUCCGACUCAUAGUGACCCUGUAGGACAGAGUAGAACUGCCCCAAAGGGUUUUCAAGGAGAGGGUGGUGAAUUUGAACUGCUGACGGUUUGGUUAGCAGCCAGGCUCUUAACCACUGUACCACCAGGGUUCCAUCCUCAGUCCAGGGAAGAGGUACUUGAAGGUGCUUAGAAGACAUGUUAUAAGUUUCCAUCCAGUCGAUCUCGACUCAUGGCGACCCUAUGUGUUACAGAGUAGAAUUGCUCCAUAGGGUUUUCUUGGCUGUAAUCUUAAUGGAAGCAGGUCUUUUCUUCCACAGUGCUGCUGGGUAGAUUUGAAUCUCCAAUCUUUAGGUUGGCAGUUGACUGCAAACUGUCUGGCCACCUAGGGGCUUAGAAGACUACUUCUUCUUGAGUGUCUCCUCUACUCCCCUUCCUCCUUUCUGACUUUUGGCACUCCUAAACACCUCCCCACCACUGCCUUCCUCUUCAGGAACCCCCUCCCCCAUUCUGGGAUCUCACAGUCUCUUUCACUUUGGCUCAGCUGAGGGUCCCCUGGGAACCUCAGGGCCAGUGUUAAAUGCCGGAGAGCAAGGUUUUUAACAGGCACCAUCCUACACAUACAUGCACACAUACAUGUGCGCGCGCACACACACACACAGCCACAGUUCAGCUGGUACCCUCCUGGAGUGGGAGGCAGGAAUUCCCAACUGUAGGUUUGGGCUGCCAGCUUUGCUGGGGGGUUCUCCCCCAGGACUGAGUUCUCCCCGACAGUGUAUGUCUAGGCAGGACCCACAGGCUAGACUCCACAGCAGGCACACAGAUGCAUAGGCCACCCAUGCCUGGAACACACCAGCCACCACCCCAACCAUGAAGAUGACACAGCUGUGGAUGCACCCUUGCCCAGAGUCAUCUGACAGGAGCUUGGGAGGACUGACACAGCCAUUCACAGACACACACCAGUUUGGCCCCAGAGGUGCCCAUGCCCACUUACAGGACCUGUGCAGAGGCCCUGCUAAGCUGUCUGGUCAUGGCCAUGCCCACAGUCUUUGGCCUGGCCAGCCAGACAGCUACCAUGCUCCUGGAAGGCGCCUGGGCAGAGCUCUGGGCCCCGGCGGGCAGGCCACCAGCCACUUCCUCAGAACUUGGCCUCCAGCUCCCCAAGCAGGAUUCCAGAGCUCCCACAGUGCAGCAGGGUGGGUGUGGAAAAGUACUGGGCAGGCCAUGGCAUGCCAGGGUUAUGUGACUCCUUCACCUUGUGGGUGGCUGUGGGGCCCUGCUUUAUUAGACCCUUCUAAGGGUCACCUGUAACCUAUACUGUCGGGUGUGGCAUUUGAGGCUCCUGCCCACCUCUGCCUGCCUCACAGCUCAUACCCAGCACUGCUUCCACGGCUUUGCCCACUCUGUCAUCUCUACCUGCAGUACUCUCCCCACUACUUCUUUUUGGCCUUCUUUUUCAACUCAGCUGAGGAGAUUCGGGCGCUCCCAUGACACCCUGUGCUUUCGUGGCUUUGGGUUAUAAUUACUCUCAGUGCCGGCUUCCCCAGGCAAUCUGGUUCUCAUUGAGGGCAGGCCCAGGUUUCAUUAUCUGAGGCCCAGUGGGGACUAGACCCAGAACUGAGGCCCAGGGCAUAUAUUUUAUAAGAAAUGAUCCCUUCUCAGAAGUCUCUUCCCUGGGAAACAGGACCCACCAGCCCUUGCCCCCAACUCCCAGGGAGAAAGCUCCAAGAUAGCUGUGGAGGAUGGGCUUCCCCUAGAUGGAAGCUGCUGCUCAGAUUGGGGCCAGCUCAGCUCCCCAACCCUGGCCAUCUGAGGUUAUGAUGUUGCCAAACCCCUCAGUGUCUGAGUUGGUGGGACCUCUCACAGGGGGCUGGGAAACUGAGGCUCAGUGAGAAGCAGGGCCUGCAGAGGUCAUAGGGCCUGGUAUAGCAGAGCCGGCUUGCCAGGGCGGGGUCUGGAACAUGGAAUAAGUACCCUGGUCUUUAAUGGAAGCUCAUAUUUACGGAGAGGUCAGACUGGCUGGUGCCUUCAGAGGCCAUGGUCUACCCCAGACCUGUCUGCUUUGAAAUUCAGGGGCCAGGCUGGGAGUCGGAGGCUGACCUGUGAGGGUAGAGGAUUGUCCCAGCUGCCAAACCCAGGUCAGCAUGGGCACAGUCUCUUCACCAGACACUCCCAUCCAUAGGAGUGGUAGGUUGUGAUCUCAGGCCUUCUACCAUUAUCUUGGGGCCUCUCUGGAAGACCCCAGGCUGGCCCAUCCCACCUGUCAACCAGGACCGGUGCUACUUAAUCAGCCCACCUCAACCAGGAGGACGCAAACAUGAGUUUUCUUUGCACUGGAUCCCACUGGUGUGGCAGGGACACUGACUAGCCACUGCCAACUAGAAAUGCUUCUAGGGAAUGCUCUGUGUUUUUGGUUGAUGCAAAACGGAGAAAGAGAUCAAGGACUGUUCAAUAAAUGCAGCAGGUGGAAAGAAUCUUUCAAAAGAGAGUUAACAUGUAGGUGAAGUGAUCAAGGGGGCUUUUGUGGUCACAGAACAGGGCAGGGGGGUGCAGGGCUCAUUGAGCUCAUGGGUGGGCAGAGGGGAAACUGAGGCUCAUAGAGAAAAGGGCUGGCCGGAAGUCAUACAGCCAGUCUGAGGCCUGGAGUAUCUCUGGAAAUGGGGGGAGCAUGGGGCCUCCACUCACCACCCACCCACCCCCUUCCAGACCUUGUUCUUUGCUGGCUGAGGAGCAGAUCGGGCAGCAGACCCUGAAGGCCCGCUCCCUGGAGCUGCCUGAGUCAGCCAUGCAGCCCUUGCCUGUAGGGGUCUUCCUGGAGGAGGUAGCAGAGGAGAUCCCAGCCCAGCUGGAAAGUGAGCAGCCCAAGGUACUGGACCCCGAGGAGGAUCUGCUGUGCAUUGCCAAGACCUUCUCCUACCUUCGGGAAUCUGGCUGGUAUUGGGGUUCCAUUACUGCCAGUGAGGCCCGGCAACACCUGCAGAAGAUGCCAGAGGGCACCUUCCUAGUACGUGACAGCACCCACCCCAGCUACCUAUUCACACUGUCUGUCAAGACCACCCGCGGCCCUACCAAUGUGCGCAUUGAGUAUGCUGACUCCAGCUUCCGUUUGGACUCCAACUGCCUGUCCAGGCCACGCAUCCUUGCCUUCCCAGAUGUAGUCAGCCUUGUGCAGCACUAUGUGGCCUCCUGUGCUGCCGACACCCGAAGCAACAGCCCUGACCCCGCUCCGGCCCCAGCCCUGCCAGCCCCCAAGGAGGAUGCGACCAGCAACCCAGUGCUGCCUGCCCCCACAGCUACCGCUGUGCACCUGAAACUGGUGCAGCCCUUUGUGCGCAGGAGCAGUGCCCGCAGCCUGCAGCACCUGUGCCGCCUUGUCAUCAACCGGGUUGUAGCCGACGUGGACUGCCUGCCGCUGCCCCGGCGCAUGGCUGACUACCUCCGACAGUACCCCUUCCAGCUCUGACCCAGUGAACAUCUCGCCUAGCCACACCCUGGAGGGGACACUGGCCCCAGCUGGACUUGGGCUCCCAUUAUCCCUCCUUCGGCUGUCCUGGCACUUGCAUGCCUCUAGCAGCUGGACCAGAGGAGCCAACAGAUGGAGGAGGGGUGUCUCACAACUUGGAGGUCAAUGCCCUCUUUCCCCAUGUGGCUCCAGCAUGGUGAGCCAGGUCUCAGAGGAAAGGGAGACAGGCAGGACCCCGUCUCACUCUGUGGGCUGGGCCCAGGCCUCCACUUGGUUGCCUUCCCAGCCACCUGCGCUGUGUAGACUUUCUCAGCCCUGAUUUCUCAAUCUGCAGCGUGGGGCAGGCCCCCUUCCUCCAGUCAGCCUCUGCCUCGGAGAGGAUGGCGGCCAGAGGUACUGAGGUUGACAAGGACAGUCCCUUAGUCGGGGAGCAAGCCAGGCUGGCAGACCACACGGUUAUACAGUAUUUAUUUAUUUAUUCUCCUUGGGGUUGGUCUCGGGGAUGACUUGACCCUACCUCUCUGCUCCAAGCCCUGGGUGGCCUGGAGUCCCCAGCUCUGCCAUGCCUUCUUUGGUUCCUCCCGAUGGAGAGCCAUGUUCUGAGAUGUGUUGCUGGACCCAAGUUAGUCCUGGAUGUCCUGGCGCUAACCCACCUGUGAGUCUCAACUUUAACCUGGGAACGUGUCCAGCCCUCUGUGCCCCAAGCCUAUCUUGGGAGAGUGGGCAAAUGGACAAGAAAGCAGAGCCAAAGCUGCAGCCCCCAGCACAGCCUGCCACUCCCUGCCUGAGGCAGAGCUGGAUCUGCACAGAGCUGGCCUCGCUAGGCUGUAGCCCCUGCCUGAGGACCUGGGCUGUGUUAGGAAGGGGGUGCUAGUUCAAGGGCUACCACUCUGCCUAGCUCCACCGGGCCUGCGUCCUACCCUUUCCCAGGAUCCCAUGCGGGUCUCUGCAUGUGAGAGAAAUACACGUUUGUUAACACUUUAUAUAAAGUAAUUGUUAUAACAAAAAAAAUCCAGCUUGGUAGUCUUUUUUUCCUUCCAUUGAUUUUUCUGUAAUCACAAUAAAAUUGUACCUUUUAUUUACAGAGGCCUCGAUGAGGCCAAUGCUGAGUUCUGUAUGCAGUUUAUCCCUUUUGACCUUGUUACUAGCUCCCUUUUACGGAGAGGCCAGCCAAGGCCCAGGGACAUUACAUGGCUCAGUGUUCUGCCCUUCUGGGGGUCUCAUUGAAGAGUAGGGAAAACAAGGAAGCAGCAUUUCUCUUCUCAUUUCUUCUCACUCCCCUUGGGGGAUGGGAGGCUAGCUAGACUGCCUACAGGGUCACUGCCCAGGCCACUGCUGGGAGGCAGGUGGUGGCAGAGGGGUGCCAUACCUGAGAGAUGUGUAAACAGGAGGUGCCACUUCAGGACUGAAAGCGCAGAAUACUGGGUGAAGGGAGGGUGCUAUGGACAACUCCUGGAUGGCAGUGCCUUUUCAGAGAGGAGGAGGCCAACAGUCAAACAAGUCAUUCCAAGAAGGGACAGUGAGUACAAGGGUCAUGUUCCCGCCCAGAGAGUUCUGGGGAGGGCUUGUUCCGUGCAGUGGGGCAGAGCAGUUGAGUCAGGGUAGUGGCCAGUGAGCUGGCAGGAUCGGGCCUGAGUUGGGAGCUACUGGGAUUGUGGUCCAGAUUGGUUGGGUGGGGAACCUUCUCUUCUCACUCAAGGACCUGCAACCAGAAGUGAGUGGAAGAACAGUUAAAAUGAAAACACCCUCUGUUAUCAAGGGGUCUGACGUUAGAACAGUUCAGCUGCUGCAACCCCCUGUGUCCUGAGAGUUUCUGCACCUUUGCUCAAGAGCCUCACUCAGAAAGCUCCGCUGACCUUUGCUCAUAGCUUCCUUACCCCUACCUUGGAAACAGUGCUAACCUUCCUGUUUUUCAGCCCUCAGAAGAUUAGAUGUUGCAGAUUAGAAGAGGUGGAGGGUAGUGGAUAGAAAGCAGGAAGGGGUGAGGAGUGGUGUGUUGAUGACAAGAAAGAGGCAGGAAAAGGAUAAAAAUCAAAAACUGCUGGGGUGUCCAAGACCCUGGGUGCAUGAAGGAUGGUGGGGCAAAGAAUGGGGCUGACAUUGGGUGGGAGUGAGCAAGAGAUGGGCAAGGGAGUGAGGGCUGUCUUUCCUGGGAAUGGUGCCCAGACCCAAGUAUCCAGCCUGGCGCCUGCACUGUUGAUAGCAGUAGCUUGGGCUCCUGGCUGGCCAUGGGGCCCAAUGGCACACCUCCUCCAGGUCACCAUGGCCCUGCCCGGGUUGCCUACGGUUCCUUGUUUCUUCAGCCUGGACCUCAACUUCUUUACUGCUCCCAAUAAGGCCUGAGGUGACCCCUCCAUCUGCUCCACUCCCAGAUUUGAGUCACCCAGUGGUUGUGUGGUGGGACACAGAGAGGCUGGAGGCAGGGUAUCCCCAACCUGGGCCGCAGCCAGGAAAGAAACCUGCUGUGGCAAGAGAAAGCACAGAAAACUCUUCAUUGUCCCCCAGUACCUGCAAGGUGCCUGCAAGGUGCCAGGCAUUUGGUGUGGGCUUUGCAGACAUCAACUCAUACAGCGCUCACCACAACCUUGGAAAACCCAAAACCAAACCCAUGGCCAUCGAGUCAAUUCUGACUCAGGGCCACCCUAUAGGACACAGUAGAACUGCCCCCAUAGGGUUUCCAAGGCUGUAAUCUUCAUGGAAGCAGACUGCCACAUCUUUCUCCUGCAGAGCGGCUGGUGGGUUUGAACCACCAACCUUUUGGUUAGCAGCCAAGUGCUUUAACCACUGCAUCACCACGGCUCCUUACAACCUUGGAAGUGGGUCCAAAUAUUCCUCCAUAGGUAAGGAAACCAAGGUUCAGAGGGGGCAAGGGGCUGACUGAGGCCACCCAGCAAGGAGGGUGCAGUGCAGAGCUAACCCCUGGGAGUCCCAGCUGCCCAUGUGCCCUCUGGACUGCUACAUGAGAGGGGCAGGACAGACAUUCCAGGCAGCAGCUCCCAGGCAAAUUGCUCUUGGAUGCUGAAUUCUAUGCCCUUGGCUUCCUGCUGGCCAAGCACUCACAAGCCAUUGGCCUGGACAGCAGGGCCCUGCCCCCUGACCUCUGCCUCUGUGCCAGCCAGCGGCUAGCUCUUGCCUGGAAAGGGGCUGC